CUCUACUUCCAGUUAAGUUUUAAAGAAGACUUUGUAGUGAAGGGACUAUUGGAAAUAUACUGUUUGUUUCACAGUUUUACACUUGAGUCCAAUAACUGACACCUUACAAGUCAGAAAUGUGUCACCGUGGUCCUGUUUUCAAUCUGUGUGGUCUUGGAUCGUGUCAUGAGUCUGUUUCCUGGCAGACAUUUUGAAUCACCUGACGACUUUAAUCUCCUUGGCAGAGGAUAGCCCCUCCGUAAAGGCUUAGCUCGGGAUAGGUGAGACACAGUGCAACAGACAGGAUCGAGACGGUGGCGCUUUCUACUUUCCCUCGCCAGGUAAACCUCAAACUUACAUCACCGGUCAGCAGAGAGGAAAGCAAAGGAUGUUUAAUUUAUGUUUUUAGUUGUGAACGUCUUUGAGUAGCCUAACAAACAGCAGGAUAAAUCAGGACUCUUCUGGCAGUGAAUAACUGUGCGGGACUGUCGAGGGAGAUGAAUCGCUACUCCACGUUCAAGCAGCUGGGCGAUGGCACGUACGGCAGCGUGCUCCUUGGCAAGAGCCAUGAGACCGGGGAGUUGGUGGCCAUAAAGAGGAUGAAGAGGAAGUUUUAUUCUUGGGACGAGUGUUUAAAUCUGAAAGAAGUGAAGUCGCUGAAGAAGCUGAAUCACGCCAACGUGGUGAAACUGAAGGAGGUCAUCAGAGAGAACGACUUCCUCUACUUUGUCUUCGAGUACAUGAAGGAAAACCUCUAUCAGCUCAUGACGGAAAGGGAAGAUAAGAUGUUUUCUGAACAUGAGAUAAGGAAUAUUCUGUUCCAAGUUUUGUCCGGCUUAGCAUUUGUGCAUAAGCACGGGUACUUCCAUCGGGACAUGAAACCGGAGAACCUGCUCUGCAUGGGUCCGGAGCUGGUGAAGAUUGCAGAUUUUGGACUAGCGAGAGAAAUCCGCUCGCGGCCUCCUUACACGGACUACGUGUCCACGAGAUGGUACCGAGCGCCAGAGGUUCUGCUCAAGUCCAGCUCUUACAGCUCUCCCAUCGACAUCUGGGCCGUGGGAUGCAUCAUGGCGGAGCUGUACACCCUCAGGCCUCUGUUCCCAGGCAACAGCGAAGUGGAUGAGAUCUUCAAGAUCUGUCAGGUGCUGGGAACCCUGAAGAAGUCGGAUUGGCCCGAAGGCUACAACCUGGCCACCUCAAUGAACUUCCGCUUCCCAAAGUGCGUCCCCACCAGCCUCAGAUCCUUGAUUCCCAACGCCAGCAACGAGGCGAUCGCACUGAUGAGGGACAUGCUGCAGUGGGACCCCGAGAAAAGGCCGAGUGCUGCUCAGGCCCUGAGGUAUCCGUACUUCCAUGUAGGCCAGACGCUCGGCGCUCCUCUAAGGCGCCCACAUCAGCACGAAGCCCAGGAAAAUGUCCGCGAGGCGGCCGCAGACCCGAAGCCUCUGUCGCUCUGUAAGACAGAGCUGCCGACCGGCCGCCAUCAGCCUCUGCAGCAGAUCACCGUUCCUCAGGAGAGCAUGGACACGAGCGAACUUCAGCUGAUGACGACAGCCGGGCAGCAGGAGCCUCUCAGCCUGGUGAAAAACAGACAACCACGGAGCUGGCAAACUCGUGGAGCCGCUGCAGGAGCGGAGAACAGUGUCUCGGGGGCUCGGACGGCGCGGCGACGAUGGGGCCAGACGUCCUUCAAGUCAGUGGAAAGCUGGGGCGAUGGAGACGACACAGACGCUGGAGCUUCCAUCUCCAAAAAACCCACUAUCACGUCUCUGAAGAACAGGACUCUGGUUGGACCCGGCUGUCGAUUUUCAGAGUCAAAGAGCAACGCAGUUGCAAAGAUGAUUAGUAACACAGGACUGAACAGAGCUGACUCCACCACCAUGUCUGCCAAGCAGCACUACCUCCGCCAGUCCAGAUACGUCCCCGGUGUAAAUCCAAAAAGCAGCUCUUCAGCAGGAAUCCAGGCGGCCGGCAGAAAACCGUGGGAGAUGUCGAGUUCAACCAGAGGACACGAUGUUAUUCUUCCUAAACUCACAGACAAACCUACUCUAAAAGAAAAGACUCCAGAGGAUCUGGAUCUUUCUAAAGACUCCUUUAUUACAUUCAGCUCCAACACCAAGACGUCAUCUUUCCAGAAGGCUGAAACGGGAGCAGCCCGACAGAGGAUUACACUGGCACCGCUAGGAGGGACCUCUGCUGAGUACGAAGGCUGGAGGAGCAGACCUCUCAAUCCUCCCGUGUCUGGAUUCAGCACCAGCGUUGCAGCGAAGAACGUCUCCUUCAGGAGCACAAACAUCCAGCCGGUGCACGGACGAGUCGACUGGACCGCCAAAUAUGGAGGCCACCGGUAGCACAGCGGCCCGCUCGGCUCCACCAGUGACUCAUGGGAAAGACUUCCGAUGCACUUUAGCAGAAAAUGUUAAUUCCUUCUAGUCUCUUCUUAAAAUUUGCCGUGCUGUUAAACAUCAUUCAGUGUUGUUGUAUCAAUGAAACAUGACCUAUACCACCAGUAUUUUUUAAAAAACAGUAACAAACCAGCCAAUAACAUU